UUUUGUUUUUUAAUUACAGUAAAACUUCUAAGAAUUUUACCAACCCAACUGUGACUUACUCAAAUCCUUUGUUAGCGCGCGAACUAUUGCACAGGGGAACGCGCGGGACGGGGGGCGCGAACGCCCAACGCGACGCGGCGACGCGAGCGUAAGCGUCACUCGCCGAUCACAACGGUCGAGGCAUGUUUCGUUUUUUUCGUUCUUAAAUAAACUUCGUUAAAUACUGGAUCGUUUUACUUCAGACACCUCAAGAACCAACAUUGGACCUUCGACGCCGGAUAAACCGAAGAAAUAACAUAAAUCGAAGCGCAAGUGCGUCGCGUGUGCGCGGGUGGAAUUACGAUUCGAAUUGCAUUAAUACCGUUUUUAUUCGUUACCGUGAACUAACAGUGAUCGUCUACUUCAAAGGUUCCUGGUGAUACUUGUAAGUACUUCCCCUUUGUUUUACGCAGCCACCAAAAUGGGUUUAGAUACAGAUCUACGCGAUUUAAUUAAAAAAAGAGGUAAUAUUCGUGGCAGGUUAACACUCUUUGUGAAAUACGUUAACUCAUAAGAUAAAUCUGUGUUAGUAGAGGAACAAAUUUUGGAACUGCAAUUACGUGUUACUAGUACGGAGAAACUUUUUAGUGAUUUUCAAAGUCGCCUCGAAGAUGCCGCUGACGAGGCAGAGUUGUUAUCACAGUUGGACAUACGUGACUCCAUUGAAUCACAGUAUUACGCGGCUAUGUCGUCAGCUAAGUGUGUUUGCAAUAAAAGUGACGAUAAAUCCACUAAGUGUGCGCAAAAUACUAAAACCAUAAAAUUACCUACCAUCUCGAUGCCUUCAUUUGACGGUUCUCUUGAAAAUUGGCUUGAAUAUCGUGAUACCUUUGUCUCGCUUAUCCAUAACGCAACCGACAUCACGCCAAUUCAAAAAUAUCACUAUUUACGUUCUUCAUUAAAAGGGAGUGCCUUACAGGUUAUAAAAUCAUUAGAAUUUUGUUCAGAUAGUUACGAGGUAGCUUGGGAAUUGUUGACCAAUAGAUUCGAUAACAAUAGGUUGUUAAUUAAUAAUCAUGUAAAAUCUUUGUUUACGUUACAAACGAUUACAAAGGAAUCUCCUGUACAACUUAGAAAACUCAUAGAUUCUGUAUUAAAAAACUUAAGGUCAUUAAAAUUAUGGGUGAGCCCACAGAACACUGGGACACGCUUAUUAUUUAUUUAAUAGUCACGAAAUUAGACUCUGUUACCUGCAAAGAAUGGGAGGAUAAAAAAAACACGUGUAGUAAAGAAUCUAAAGUAACGUUAGACGACCUAUUACAGUUCUUAAAGGACCGCUCGGACGUUCUUGAUAUGGUGCAAGCUCAAGGUCACAAACAAAAUAUCGAAUCGACAAAAAGGUUAACAAUUAGUCCAUCUCAACCUCCCCAGCAAGUGCGUACCUUUGUUACAAAUAAACAGCUGUUGUAUCGUGCAGGUUCGUCGCGCGACCUCAAGUGCGUUAUGUGCGACGGCAAUCACGCGUUGUUCUCGUGCAUUAAAUUUCUUAAUCUACCUGUACAAGAUCGACAUACAUUCGUUUCGAAUAAUAAAGGUGCAAUAUGCCCAAAUUGUUUGCGUGCCGGACAUACUAUACAAGAUUAUCAGUUCGGGUCGUGUAAACAAUGUUCACAAAAACAUAACAGCUUAAUUCAUACAGAUAGCAGCGCGAGUUGUAAUUCACUUCGUUUUAUGCCUACAGUUGCGCACACUAAAGCGCACGACGCUCUGACUCGCACCGCGACAGACGGUGCGCAUGCUAACACUUCUUUAUUAAAUACACAUUCAAACAUUUCUUAUCACACAAAGCAAGCCGUGCAGUCUAAUACAUUAGAACAGGUUUUGCUCUCAACAGCACUCGUUGAAGUAUGUAAUAACAAUAAUACAUACAUAGCUGCGCGCGCCCUCCUCGAUAGUGGAAGCCAGCGAUGUUUUAUUACAGAUGCGUUAUGCAAAAAAUUACGUUUAUCUACUAUACAGUCCACUCUCACCAUAACAGGCAUAGGUAACAGCGUCAUGCGAUCAGAACAGUCCUGUGACCUUGUCAUGCGUUCAAGAACUAGUAAUUUUAGUACACUACUAAAUUGUUCCGUUUUGCCUAAAAUUACAUUUCGUUUACCAAAUAGUCAUAUUGACUUUAACUCGUUACAAAUACCGCAACACGUUAAGCUCGCGGACCCAGAAUACAAUAUACCCUCUGAUAUAGACAUAUUGAUUGGAGCGGAUGUAUUUGGAAUUUAUUACAAGAAGGUUUAUUGCGGUUACCUGGUGGGCCUUACCUACAAAAUACACAUUUAG